GUCCCGGGAAGGGAAGGAUAAACUCGCUCGUCUUCCCUCCCACCCCGCCCCCCUCGGACCGUGGAGGUUGUGGGGUGGGGUCCAUCCUGUUCCCGUGACCCCGUCCGCCUCCCGUCCUUCCUGCAUCCUGCCUUGUCCCCAGGAGGAGCCUCUGCUCGGCUGUCCGCGGCGUGGGAGUGGCCUCGCUUUUGUCGUGGCCUUGUCGUAGGGCAGUCGACAUGGGCCAGGAGGACGCCCCGAGCCCCGCAGGCCUCUCGUCCAAGCGCGCUUGCCUGGGUGCCUCCUGGGGCUGCUAGGGCGGUUCGUCCUGUUCCUGGGAUUAAAUUGAACAUCUCUUUAUUACAGCUUCUUUUAAGAAGAUCCUCACACAGUUGUGAGGCUGAAAUAUGUGCAUAAUCACAGAACAUUGUUCACUUUGAACUCUAAGCUUUGUGCCUUACCCAAGUCUACUUUGGGAAACAGAAACUUGAAUCAAUGUUAUCAGAUGAGUUAGAGUCUAAGCCAGAGCUGCUGGUUCAGUUUGUUCAGAACACAUCUAUUCCAUUAGGACAAGGGCUUGUGGAACCUGAACAUAAAGAUAUUACGUGUCUGUCUCUCCUUCCUGUUACUGAAUCACCAGAAUGCAACAGGUUAAUGUUGCCAGAUGACUCUCCAGGUCACUCAAGCCCUUCCAAGGAUGUUUCGUCUUCUGCUGUCUUGCGAAGUCUACAGGUGAAUGUUGGCCCAGAUGGUGAGGAAACAAGGGCGCAAACUGUGCAGAAACCACCUGAGCUCCUAUCAAGUCCUGACACUUCUAGCUUAUUGCAAGACCUCCAACCUAGUGAUAGCACUUCCUUUAUCCUCCUCAAUUUAACACGAACAGGCAUUGGCUCGCCGUCAGAGCACCUGGUGUUUGUCCAGGAUGAAGCAGAGGAUUCUGGAAAUGACUUCUUCUCCAAUGAUAGCACAGACAGCAGUACCCCAUGGUUUUUACGAGUGCAGGAACUGGCCCAUGACAGUUUGAUUGCUGCCACUCGAGCCCAGCUUGCCAAGAAUGCCAAAGCAAGCAAUAAUGGUGAAAAUGUUCACGUUUGCUCAGGAGACCCCCAACUGAAAGAAUCCAGUCCCAUCCCUCAUCUGCCCCGUGUGGAGAAAAAACUGAAAUGCACAGUCGAGGGCUGUGACAGGACAUUUGUGUGGCCGGCCCACUUCAAAUAUCACCUAAAAACCCACAGGAAUGACCGUUCCUUUAUUUGUCCUGCAAAAGAUUGUGGGAAAAGCUUCUAUGUACUGCAGAGGCUGAAAGUGCAUAUGAGAACGCACAAUGGCGAGAAGCCAUUCAUCUGUACUGAGCUAGGCUGUGGGAAACAGUUCACAACAGCUGGGAAUUUAAAGAAUCAUCUGAGAAUUCAUACUGGGGAAAAACCCUUCUUGUGUGAGGCUCAGGGGUGUGGUCGUUCCUUUGCCGAAUACUCCAGCCUUCGGAAACACCUGGUUGUCCACUCAGGAGUAAAGCCCCAUCAAUGCCAUAUCUGUGGGAAGACAUUUUCUCAAAGUGGUAGUAGGAAUGUUCACAUGAAGAAACAUCAUUCUAGAGCUGGAACAGUUAGUGACAUUAGCAACACACAGCAUGAACCAACAGAAUCACUGAUGGGCAGUAGUUUACUGGAAGAAUCUGAAGUACACAGUAAGAACCUGGUGUCCAUAAGCUCACCACCUAGCCUUGGCGUAGCAUCCUUGCACCUGCCUGACACUGAAUCAAUUAUUGGUAUAAAAGAGGAGGUUCUUGCAGAAGCAGCAACAAACUCUCUCCAUGCUGUAUCAGAUGUUGUAUUGCCAUCUCAUCAUCUAAUGCCCUUGUCAACAUCUAGACACUCUUAUGGGGUGUCAGCUUUGCUGCAGUAAACCCACAGUUACAAAAAGAAGAGCCAAGCAAUGACGUAUUGAAAACAAGUAAUGAAGCUAAAGAACAGGCUUAUGUGAUGUGCUCAAGAAGCCAUUUUGGUACCAGAAUUCUCAGUAUGUAUGCUGUGCUAUUAGCAUACUUCUCAUGAUAUGCCAGCCUGGAAUAUGGUUCUGCUUUAGUCACUGGAAACACUUCCUGAAGAAUGGAGUCGGGAACUACUAAUAUUUGAACAGUGUAUUGUUCCUGUUGAAUCUGGUGCCCGAAAGCCAGGAGGCAGUGUUCUUAUAACUACCCAUAAUUCACUUUUUCCCUCCUGAAGCUGAUCAUAGGCUCCGGCAUCAUACUGGCUUCUUGUUCUUGGGAAGAAUUUUUAGAUUGUAGUGCAUCCUGCAAUAAGGCACUGCACUCUGCUCUUGCUUCUGAGCUAUAGGGGUGGCUGUGUGGUUUUUCUUUGGAGCUGGAGUAUCUGUAUCCCUUUGCUUUGUGCAGAUACAUCCGCUAAUGCUGCUUAUGCUGCAACCUGAAGAUCUGAUGUUCAGAAUAUUGCCUCAGACACCCUGUACUUGCUUUUCUGUGAUAUUUUAAUUUCUAAUUAUUAGGGCCUUUAAUUUAAAAAAAAUCAGACAUAGAAACUAUGGUGUUCUCAUGUAAAUAAAUGAUGUACUUCCAACUCCUAAUAUAGUUUGCGCGUAUGUUCAGAGGUACAAGGUGUAUGAUUAUAUCCCAAGGCUAAAUGCCAGGAACUACUACAUGCAAUAAUAUGUAUUUGUAUUUCAGUGGUAAAUGCAUUACAUUAUAAAAGUAUCAAUAAGGGUGAUUGAGAGAUCCUCUAGACCAUACAGAAGUAUUGGCGAAGCCAAAAGGAAGAAGUUCUAGAGGAGCAGCUAUGUUCAUCUGUUGUAGUGAAAGCAAAAAUGAAGUUGUAUUGUACCUUUAAGGCCAACAGACUGAUUACCCCCAUAAAAGGUUACACUGUACAGCCUAUCAAAUACAGAUAGUGCAUCACUUCAUCUCAUCUGAUGAAUAAUAUUUGAUUUAUACUUCCCUUCAGGACAACUUAAGAGCAGCUUACAAAGUAUGUUAUUAUCCCCACAACAAAACACCCUGUGAGAGUGUUCUGUUGGGGGGGGUGGAGCUGAGAGAGCUCCUAGAAGCUGUGACUGACCCAAGUUCACCCAGCUGGUUUCAAGUGGAAGAGUGGGGAAUCAAACCCUGUUCUCCAGAUUAGAGUCCCAUCCCAUUAUCUUAACCGCUACACCAAACUGGCUGUCAGUAUCUAAUUCAUGUAAGCUAACGCUUCUAAAUAAAUCAGCCCUUUCUAUAAGAAGUUGUA